UGUGCAGGUAAGGAGAAACGCUAAGCCUUGAUAACCAUAUACAACUUUGCUCACUAAAGCAUUGAAAUUCAAUCUUCUACCAGAACAUUUUUGUUUUGUCUAAAUGUGAAAUUGAAAUCGCUGUGAUCAGACCUGAUUAAGACUUGGCUUUUUCACAAAACUGUCACAAGAGCUGCAUGUAAUGCCAUGUGCGCAAAGAAAAUUAUCCACUAUUGUUAUUCAUCAUUCGGGUCAGGAUAGAGAUAUUCUGGCAUCCGCAUAGUGAGACUAUAUAGAAGACUAUACAAGACGGAAACAUAGAUUGAAGUUGGAUGAACUAUCUAUGCGCACUGAGGAACAGCACAAAUACGCGUUGGCAGGUCUGAGUUUUGAGCAGCUGACGGCAAUAUUCCUCAGGAGAGCCGCAAUGGAGAAGUCCAAGAACUUCCGAAUCGAUGCUCUGCUUGCCGAUGAAACUCGCCGAGGGAACCGUGACCACUCCCCGGGUCUCAGUGAUAGCACCACGGGCAGCCCCGUGUCCUGCCGGCGCGCGGACACCCCAUCCCCUCGCGGGACGCCAGGGGCUAUGCAACUUCAAACCGGAAUAAUACCUAAACCGGGACUGUUGAAUCUCCCGCAUCCAGGACUCGCCUCGUUACCUCAUGGGGCAAUUCCGGGCAUGUAUCCUGCCCCUAUGUACCCAAUAUCGGCUUUAGGUGGCCAGCACCCGGCCUUUGCAUAUUCCGGGUUCACCCAGCUAACUCAGCCGUAUCCAGAUCACCUGAAAGCGGCCGCCAUGGCGGGGUCUCUCCCCUUGGAACAUUGGAUUCGCGCCGGGAUAAUGAUGCCACGCCUUCCUGACUACAGUUCGAUGCCCCAGUCUGGCCUGUUAGGGAAGUGUCGUAGACCCCGUACGGCCUUCACAAGCCAGCAACUGCUGGAACUAGAGAACCAGUUCAAACUCAACAAGUACCUGUCCAGACCCAAGCGCUUUGAGGUGGCCACCUCCCUGAUGUUGACCGAGACACAGGUAAAGAUCUGGUUCCAGAACCGGAGGAUGAAAUGGAAGCGGAGCCGCAAGGCCAAGGAGCAGGCGUCUUCCUCGGGGCAGUCGGACACCGAACGUCUGCGCACGGGAAAAACAUCCGCCGACAAGUCGUUGCUCGGCAACCGGGCUGUCAAUCAAGACGAGGGAGGGGAGGAGCUGGACCUAGAGGAAGGGGAGGAGGAGGAAGAGGAGGAAGAGGAGGAGGAGGAGGUGCGCGGCGCCCAACGUGGCUUCCCUGUUGCCGUGGGUAACGGGGUGGGAUUGCCGCAUUCAGCCACGGACUUCCUGCAACGCACGGCGGUGGCCGAGCUCGGUUACAACCCCCACAGCCCCUUCACCGACGACGAGCUGGAAGGUGUGGGCGGGGACAGGAAGAUAGGGGCGGGGUUAUGAACAAACAACCACGCCCACAGGAAGUGCAGGUUGACCCCUAUCAGGUGUUUUUCGGUGUGUGCUUAAAGACAUUGGGCCAGUAAGGAGUAGACAAAGUGUUAAAGUGUGUGUUUUGUGUACCAUGAUGCAGUGUCAUGUUUCUGUGUCCUUGAGGUUUGUUUAUAAAGUUGGACGAUGUUGGAGUGAAAUGUGCUCACCUCACUUAAAUCGGAGCCGGAUCAUUGAGGACACACUCACACAUAACCGAACAUAC